CAUCGCGAGCCGUCGCCGCACUAGAGGACGCGACGGCUCCCUCAUAGCUGAGAUCGGCAGCGAGAGUUUGCAUCUCUUGUCUUUGAACAUUAUUGCAUUCCCCUGUUCCGUCCCUAAGGUCCACCGCCGUGCUGCUCUCGCCGACAAUUUCUCAUGAUCGUUCCUGGCAAGACCCAUUGUGAGUGAGUGUGGCUCAGCAUUGCCUGCCUGCCUGCCUGCCUCAGAAGUACCCAAGCACCUCAGCCCACCCGCCGCUUUCAGCAACCGCAUCGUCGCUUCCCCUGGCCCCCGUGCGUGUCUCGGCCCUGAAGUGCAUCGAGGUGCCCGCCUGCUUGCCUCGAAAGGGAUCGUUUGCCUCCACCAAUUUCAUUUUCCCACCGUCCCCAAAAUCCUGCUUGGUUGAGCGCCUCCUUUGGUCGCCCGCCUGCCAGCCUCAUCUUUCUUGUUGGCCAUCUUUCUUUGCGUGUGCAGGCGCUGCUGUCCUUUUCUUUGUUUCUCUCUCUUCCUCGACUGCACAUCCUAGACGCCAAUCAUCCGAUAGCUGUUUCAUGUCACGCCCGCGGUCUCCUGCGGGGCGCCAGGCCACGUCCUCGACCAGCAGCAGCAGCAGCAACAGCCGCAGGAGUAGCCACAACAUCGGCGAUCCGGCGACGGCCAUGUGCAUGCCUCCCCCGCACCGGCCAUGGUGAGGGUCCGCACUUCUCGCCGCGUCUCCGGCCUGCGGCCAAGUGACUACGAUCACGAGAUCGACCUGGUCAACCAUGACGAGGCAGAGCUGGUGCAGGCCCAGAGCUCCGACGAUGCGACACGAGGGGCCUCGACGAGCUCGCACCUGGCUUCCAUUGCCGGACAGACGGAGCAGGACCAAGGGCUGCAGGCGGGCGAGCGGACGGGCAACACCUCUACCGCGACACAGCAAUCGAGUCGCGACGAACUCACCUUGGCCGAGGAACAGCUUCAACGAGACCGAAGCUUGCCCACAGAGGAGCUGCAGCACGAAGCCAGUCUGCCGCACCCCGCAUUGCGCCCGUCGAUUGAAGUCCAAGCUCCGACACCCGACGCAUUCAACGAGGCCAGCCACCGGAUCAUGCCCAAGAGACCUCGAGAAAAGCGAGAGACAGCCAUAGACAUUCUCUACGAAAACGAAAGAGGUGGCUUUCUCUGUGGCAUUGCGCUCUUCUCGUCCCAGGCCCUCGGCGGACUGGACCCCCCAGCAUGGACCAAUGCAUACCAUAAGACAUCUCCCACGAGCAUUCACACUGCGCAGGUCCCCGAUCCCACCUGGGAAUGGGUGUGGCCGGAGUGGCGCAUCAACCACCAGGAAGGCAUGGACGAUGACGGUUGGGAGUACUCGUUUGCCUUUGGCAAGAAAUUCUCGUGGCACGAGGCGCGGUGGUGGAACUCCUUCGUCCGCAGGCGAGCCUGGAUUCGCAAAAGGGCCAAGAAAAGACUCGAAACAAUACCCUCGGAUCCUCAACUACUCAAUACCGAUUACUUCAUCAUCCGUCCGGCAUCAUAUCGCAGUCGCACUUCCAACGGCACAAGUCUAGCUAGCAGCCGUGCCCCAAGCAAGCUUAGCUCGGCAGAAGCUUCCAUUUCAGAGGCCGAUGAGCCCCUGCCCGACAUCGAGGACAUCGAGACCUUGCUGCGGACUUUGCGUCUGGCCAGGAUAGACCGCGAGAAGCGAGAGGCGGUUGAGAAUUACGUCGAGCACGGCGCCGACUUGGAGGCGCUUCAACGCGAGAUGCACGAGAUCAUGUCACUGUUCGUCUUUCAGGCUUCGCGAAAACAGCUUCUUGGUCAUCUGAUGCGAAAGCACGAAGAGACGGUGGCAAAACUGGCGGAGAAAGGGACGGAGAACAAAACCGGGUUGACGAAGCGCCGCGAGGCCCUCGAUGCCGCCAUCACACAUGCCCAUGAGGAAGUCAAAAGAUUAUCAUACUGGAGCGACAUGAAGCAGAUGGCCGAGAAUGGCGAGCUGAGGAGCUCGCUGGAGGCGGAGCAGGGCUGGUAUGAUACCGACGCGUACCAAGGGUUGGAUCAAAGCGGGCCGUCGGCACCCAACAGGGGCAAGCUGCCGGGCCCCAAGGGAAAGGAUCCCGCUUCGUAAUAGUAUUGUCUAUUGCCACUGUUCGGUUGUAUACUCUGCUUUAUUCUUCUAUGCGGGAUGCAAAAAGCCGUCAUUCAUGGUUUGCACUGGAGGCUUCAAGGCGUCUGGUCUGUGGGUUCCUCCAGCCAAGUUGACUAUUCGCAUUGGGCAUAGCAGGCGCAGAUGAAUCUUGAAUAAAAAAACGAAGAGGGCCAUUGCCUC